UCUGAACAGUCAGGAGGGAUCAGGAGUGUGCAGUGUGUUAGGAAUGACGACGUCGCCCACCCUCAGGGGAGGGGUCGAGCGCCGAGUGCUGCUCAGUGACAUCUUUAUCGCUGUGAAGACCACUCGGAAGUACCACCGGACCCGACUGGAGCUGCUCUUCCAAACCUGGAUCUCCUCGGCCCAACAGCAGACUUUCAUAUUUACAGACGGAGAGGACAAGAUAUUGCGAGAAAAAACUGGAAAUCACAUGAUCAACACAAACUGCUCUGCUGCACACACUCGCCAAGCACUUUGCUGUAAGAUGUCUGUGGAAUACGACAAAUUCAUUGAAUCUGAAAAAAAAUGGUUUUGUCACGUUGAUGACGACAAUUAUGUCAAUAUUCACAGCUUGAUCCACCUGCUAUCUGCGUAUUCACAUACUCAAGAUAUUUAUAUUGGCAGACCGAGUCUAGAUCAUCCAGUGGAAGCUGCAGAGAGAGUGAAGAGUGAUGGGUCGACUUCUGUGAAGUUCUGGUUUGCAACUGGCGGAGCUGGUUUCUGUAUCAGUCGUGGGCUGGCAUUGAAGAUGAGUCCGUGGGCCAGCCUGGGGAAUUUUAUCAGUACAGCUGAGAAGAUUCGCCUCCCUGAUGACUGUACGAUCGGCUACAUCAUUGAAGCCCUGCUGGAAGUGAAGAUGAUUCAUAGCGAUCUGUUCCAUUCACACCUAGAGAACCUAAAGCAAAUCCCUCCAGCUACCAUCCCCAGACAGGUCACCUUAAGUUACGGAAGUUCAGAAGUUAAACGGAAUGCGCUGAAUGUCCGAGGACCUUUCAGCCUGGAUGAGGAUCCUUCGCGGUUCAAGUCUGUACAUUGUCUCCUGUAUCCCGCUGAUGCCUGGUGUCCUGCCAAAGACAGAGACUGACCUGUGAAGACAGCGAUAACUCUUUAUUCAACAGGUGCAGCUCUUUAGAAGAGUGAGCAGCAAAAAGUGCCUUUUUACAGCCUGCAAGGGUAAGACUGUGAAGCACGUAAAAAAAAAGACUGAAGAUUUACAUAUUGCACAUGAUCCCUAUGCACUCCUAACAUAGGUCAAUUAAUUACCUUAUCAUACGAGGAUACUUGUUCGAUAGGACUGUGAUAGUUCUGCAAAGAAGAUCAAAACCGUCUCCUGAACGACUUAAGUGAAUACUCCAGGUCUUACUUGAACUGAGAUUCUCACCACUGACUGCUUUGUCUUAGAUAUCGAUAGAUAUUGAUAUCCAGAAGGAUUCACUCUGGAGUGAUUCUGGAUUUGUCUGUGGAGCAGAAAGCUGUGUGCCAAAGUGCCAAUGUUACCUCUUCUCAAUUCUAUACUCUCUUUGUGCUUUUGUUUGUUAAUUUGGGAGAAUUCAAUCUGGAGUGUGGUCACAUGCAAACAGGAACUUGGAGUCACUCCAAAGUACCUAAUGUAUAACUCCUACUUCCUGGCAUGAUAUAGAUAGGCUUUGGCAGAAUACUUUCAGAUGACACCUUGCUUGGAAGCUGUGGAUCCUUUCUGUAUACGUGCGAAGUGCAAUCAGUUUCAAGAUUGGCAACUCAUGAGUGUCAUCUGUGCACAAUCCAAUUUUAGACGGUCAGUCAGCGGUGAAACUGCAUGCCGUCUGACCCAGAAAACUCAAUCUUUGAUUGUGGGAUAAUUCAGCAAGAUGGCGAUUUCUGGUAGCUAUUUCAAUAUUGUGCCUUGUGCAAAAUAAUGUCAUGGGAUUUGGGGAGUUCACCACUAAUUUGCACUGUGAGCAGAAAAGUUGAGUCUCAUUCUGGUUUAGCUAAGAAAUCGGGAAGUGUUUGAGAUUAGUACUGUGUUUCAGCCAUUGUUUCAGCAAUUGAAUAUCCACUACAGCCACUACUACAGCCACUACCCAUUGUUUCAGCAAUUGAAUAUUCUUACCAAUUAUUGAACUGAUUUGAUUACACAUGUUAUUUAAAUAUCUUGUGAGCAUCAUCUCUCUGAAUAGGUCAUAUAAAGUGUGUUUUGUCCACACUCGCUUAAACCGUGGUGAUUGAGGGUGAUAAAUUGCAACAAUAGCACUAAUAUUUUGAUGAACAAAACCUGACCAGUUAUUUUAAGGAUUUUUUUCUACUUCUGAAACAUUCUAAUCGAUCAAGGAUGCCAAAAAGUGAGCCAGUGAAAAGUUUAAUGGCAGUGGCUACAGAGGACAUACAGUAAUCUCGGAUCAUUAAAAAUCUUUUAGUUACAUCUUGCUGGGGGAGUUGUCAUUCUAAAGGCGUAAGAGAAAAAUAUUAUUUUAUAGCAAUCUGCUUAUGGUUCUGUUAAGGAUCCCCAUAAAUUUGAUUAUUUUAUCUCAAACUUUUUCCCUUUUAUACGACUGCUGUCUCCAUCAUGAACCUAAUUCUGUACAAAUUCGUUCCCUCAGUUUAGAAACUGUCAUCCAAUUUUCCCUCUGUAGCAUUUAACAAUCCCUACAGUUCCAAACAGGAUUCAGUGGUAUUUAUAUUAAAAGGAUUAUCCUAAGAAGUACAAUCUCAGACAUGAAAUUGAGGCGUACUUGGAAUUAUUCUGAAGUGAGGAGUUAGCUGCCCCAGGAUCACAGGCUGUUUAAAGCCCCUGCAGAUUGACCCACCGACCUAAUCUUAUUCAAUUUGCUGUUCAGUUGUAGUAAGGCAGAAUGUCAUUUAUGCUGCCUCAGCUAACAGCAUACCAUUGCACAUAUGGUUUUGGUUCUAUCCUGAGUGCAUGUAUGCAAAUUAUUGUUUAAUAAGCAGAAUUCCUGCUGUUCAACUUCUGAUCAUUAAUAACUCGUGUGACUGAGAUUGAAGAGAUGCACACUGACUUUUAAACAUGGGUUUCACUAUUUCGCCAGUUCUACCUAUUCUACUCCCAUUUUCAACUACUGACUGCUCUGUUGUGGAAAACCCACUAGUUUACAGCACAUGUAUACGGUACGGUACAUCAAGGAGUUGACAUGAGAUAUACACUGUGAAAACAUACAAACUAUUACAUUUUACCUUCUGUGCAAUCUGUACAUAUGGUUGCAGCCAUAUCAUGCGAUAAUAGAAAAUGGAACUGAAUAGCCUUUUCUUGUUCUGUGGCCUCUUAUGCUCUAGGGAUGAAGCCAAACUUAUGAAAAACUUUAACCAUUAGUAGCUAUUUGUAUCUGUUACACAUCCCAUUAUUUUGAUUAUAUAUACAUAUAUAUAUUGCCAUUGUUGCAUUUUCUUUGAUCAUCUGUGUGAGUGGGGGAAAAAAAGAUUUAUUGCGUAACAUUAUUUUACACCAUAUUCAUUUGUUUAAGUAAAAUAUUAUCUAACCAAAUAUCAACAUUUGGCCAGAGAUUAAAAAUCAUCUAAGUUUCAAGUAUUGAUGAUGAAUCAAUCCGCUGUGGUUAGUAAAUACUGCUUUGUAAAUCUGCAUCACCAGUGAAACUAACAACUUUUCCCAAUGCAGCUCAUUCUAUGAGGGCUUUACAUUUCCGUGGUUUACAGUAAACAUCUAAGUGAUAAACUCAAGGGUUUGAGAAUACUGUGGAUCAUUUUUAAUCUCACAAAUUUAUUUUUUCCCUUUGUUUUUAAAAAAAAGUAGAACUCAAAUUUCCAACAUAAAUUGCUGAUGUCGUUUUAAGUGUUUCUGCCCCUUCCCUUUAAAGAGUGUUAGAAUAAAAAAGAAUAUGCGAUGCAGGUAUGCUGUGAAAACGUUAAUGGCAGGAGAGGAUAAUUAAAGACAGCUUAAAAAGAAAGUUCACCAAUGGAAGAACUGAUACCCAUGCAUGCUUCAUAGCAUUCUUCGUCUAGUAGAGUAGGAAAAUAAUCUAAAAUAAUUCUGGAACUUUGUACAAUCAACGUUGCUGGACUGGAUUCACUUGUAACAAGAUCUGGUGAAAAACUCAAAUGUGACUGCACUUGUUUUCCGCAGUCAAUUUUAUAUUCUGUGUCAUUAAUUUGGUCAACAAUUUCAACCAGAUGCUCCGAAUCGGCCUCCAUUGGGGCUGGUCAACUUGCUGCACAUCCUCCUUCGGGUAAGGACACUAAAGCAAAGCCGUCACUUUGGACAAUGGAUAGUGGCAUCAAAUAGUCACUAGUAAUGACAAACAGAACAGAAGCAGAAACAGCCUGAGAAGCAGGAAACACUGUCAAAUGGUCAGUGUUGACAAACAAUGAAUCGGUGGCCAUGGAUGGAAUUUUUGUGAACUGCUGGAAACAGUACUGUUAGGCGCCUGCAAAUCUGUGACAAAGGACUGGAAAAUGCUUGGUGAGGUCGCAGAAAAAAUCACUAAUGUACAGUGUUAUAUAUUUGUUAAAAUAGUUUAUGAAAUGCAUGUUUACAUUCAGCUGGAAAGGCCAAAGGUGACUUUUUAAAAUGUCUGGGAUGUAGCAAAUCAUUCUUAAUGCUGCAGUAUUCAGUUGACACAAUUGGUUAUGUAUAUAUUUGUGUGCCAAGAAUAUGUCCAUUCUUUCCCAAUCAGCACCACAUGCUUGUUUACUGUGCCAAAACGAGUUGGAGUAAAUGUAUAGCAAUGUCCGUUUCACCCAGUUAGCUUUAGAAAUCACCCUAGGCAGGUUCUUGUGGAUAGUCCUAUUAAAUAAUAAAUGCAUUCUGACUUGCUACUUGUCUAGCUAGCAUAUGGGUAGGUGCUAAAAAGCUACCCGGAAUAUGGUUUUGGAGUGCCUAGUCCAUGUAAAUUUGCAGACAACUAGAUGUUUCGCAUACAAAGUCGAUCUUGUUCCAUUUCCAUGGCAGAAAUGACCAAUGUUAAUAAUUCUAGUAGACAAUAAAAUUCAAGGUGAAUAGCCCGUCUUCCCCCUCCCACCACCACCCCCCAAAAAAAGUUGUUGAAGCCAAGUUUUUAAGAUAGACUUAACCAAACAGAACAAAACCUUGAAUUUUCUACUGUAUUAAUGCCUUUUUCUUUCAUUGACUUUUUUUUACUCUUUCUCAGCAAAGGACAUUACAAUUUAUGUCCCAUAGUGCAGAAAGAAUUAAAUACAUUUUAUGAAAUGUUAAAGUUGUCAGUGACUUGGGAAAAAGAAUCAGUGAUCCAAAAUUCCAUGAAUGCUAACCUUGCUAUUUGAUUCAUAUUCAUGCCAAAGUCUGGAGAGUAUGCAGCACAGAAAUUAUGUGUAUUUUAUUGAUAUUUCCGAUGGAUUUACCAAAUGCUUCAUAAUGUCUGCAGGACGUGUGUGUCGACUGUUGUACCAAACGACACGCUUUUGUUUCUCAAUGUCUUAUUGAAGUAGUCACUCAAACUCUCACUGCAUUUCUCUCAUUCAGCCAUUUAUUUUUUCAUCACUAAUAAACUUGUUUCAUUCAGUACAUUUCUGUGUAAUUUAUAAAGUCUGUAUCCUAACACUAUGAGCCAAUCUUAUGUACUGAAGUGGUACAGCAACAAAUGCUUAACUUUAAUGUGUAUUGAUUAAAAUAUGAAACCAUUGAAAUCGCUGUAAUGGUUAUUUUUGAGCGUGAAUGAAGUUUUGAAUGAAUAAUAAACGUGCUGCUUAUUAA